AUGUCAUAUACCAAAGACAACCAGCCUGUGAGAUCGGCCGCCCCUCAAUCUGACUAUGAGUUGAUUGACAUUGACCCCCACUUUUUCAGAGUUAUCUCUUACUUUAGACCAUCUGAUUAUGGAGUGAUAUUAGGAACAGCAGCUGCUUUUCCACUUAGUUUGCAAUUAUGGGAGAAGUUAGAAUCCAGUGCUGGUGCAUUUAAGGCUCCUAUCAAACUUCCUGGUGCUGCAUUGAGAGGAUCUGUAUUGUUGGGUACUGUUGGAGGAUUCCUUUUAGCUUACACAAGAUCAUCAAAGAGAUUUUUAGGUUGGAGUGAAAAUGCUCGUGAAGUUGAAAAGGAUAGAUACGAAAUUAAGAGUUUAUUGGCAAGAGAAAAGUUACCAUAUCAUGAAAAUGAAUCUGCUUUAGAUGAUAGAAUGAAGGAUAUUGCAAAUAGAAACUCUCAAUAUUCCUUUGCAUCUUUGGCUAUUCUUCCAUGGUUUAACUGGUCUUACCAUCCUUAUCAUGGAGUGAACAUUAAGAAAUAUUAUGAAACAAGACCUGGUGAAGAAGCUUGGGGCUUUGACUUGAAACCUUUUGAAGAAAUCAAAGCAAAAUAUGAAAAGUCCUUUGAUUAA